UGCUCACAGGGUACAACUUUUGAAAUGCUCAACUGAAAGUUCUGGUCAUUUCUCAUACAACAGUUUGAUUGUGUGACAACAGUGUGUAACAUGGGCUGGGUGAUAAGCUCUCCUUAACUCACUGCUGUGUUUUUACUAGUUAGGGUAUAGAGAGAUUGAGACUGAGUUUUUAGAUGUCCCUCUUAGGUCUUCAUAGUCGAAGCUGCGAUGACUGCUCCUGGCACUAAUAGAUUUUUAACUAAAAUAUUCACUAAUUUGGUUCAAGGGAAUCGAGGCUUGUUUUUGUCCCAGAAAACGCACUGGUUGAUAACUAAGACUGUUUGACUAGAGCAACUUAAGAAUCUUAACAGAUUUAAAACGGAACUAAAAUUCUGGCUGGAAGUGGCAUUCGCACGUUUUGUCAAGGCAGAGGGACUUGAACAGAAAAUUCUCCCUUGAGGGUCCGUAGGUGCCAUAAUGGAGCAGUUUUAUGUAGAGAUCAAUCGGAUGUUAUUUUCAGGCGAAAUCAAGCUUUGAUUUAGUUAUAGUCCAAGUCAAUCAAACCAUGUGUCUCCAGAGCCACCUUUUCUUGAAUUCGUUUCAUUCCCCCACCGGCCGUCUAAGAGGGAUAGGCAGCCCUGGGCAUGGGGACGAGUGCAAUUCUAUCGUCCCCAGGGUCUUCUCAGUAGUGUCUUUCAAAAUGGCGACGAAUUUUAAAGAGGCGGUUCGUAAGGUGCCCCGGCCUUCCAAGCUUUGGAACCCGUUCGGUUUUGGUGUUAUGCCACGCCGUUUUCCUCGUCCACGUCGUGGAAGCAAGCGCCAACCAAUAGUGCCGUUGAAAGAAUGGAAAAUAAUACGAGGAGACACGGUAAGUAAUAACUUAAUAGAAGACCUUCAUUGGUUAACCAGACAUAAACGUUAUUUGCCACCACAAGGUGAUUUUAAAGGAGGGCUUGUUAACAGUGAGGCCCCCAUGCAGGUCACAGAAGUUUCUCUUUUGGAUCCAUCAGAUGGGAAACCCACAGAGGUGUCUUACCGAUUCAAUGAAAAGGGAGAAAAGAUUAGAGUAUCAGAACGUACUGGUCGCAUUGUUGCUAAACCACCUUGGGAAAGAAGAGACUGGAAGAGUCGAGCAGCUGUGAAGGGUUAGUAACUCAUUUGUUGACAGCAAUCUCUCUAAGGACCUGUUUACAUGGAGAGAGUUGAAUUGUAGGAGGGCCAUCCUCCACAACAAGCUGUCCCAAACAUAAGAACUUCAUUCAUUUCUUUUUAAAUAGAAGUAAACCCUUUGCAUGAGAAAUCACAUUGUUAGCUCAGGCAUUAGGAGGAUGGUGCUGAUACAAGUGGAGUGUCGAUUGUUUGAUGUUAGGUGGACUCCUUUUGGGCAAGCCAACUUUUUACCAUGUAAACACUUUCAUUUACAAUUGAUUCACACCUCAGCAUACCACAUUGAGUUAUGAUGCAUGAAGGAAGUUUGGAGAGAUCGAAAGAAGCAUAAGAGUCACAUGAGGUGAAGUCGAGAGCAACUGUGUUCUCGAAACUUCCUGCAUGUAUCUAAACUCGAUAGUGUACCGCUAAAAGUGGGAAUCAAUGUUUUAUGGCAUUGCCUCAUGCAUUAUUAGAUCACGAUGCACACUCGCAUAUACUGAGUUUCAUGGCUCGGCCUUGCGAUAUGUUAUAUUUGGCUAUUUGUAACUUGCCAUAACCUACAGAGCACAUGUUAAACUGGGUGGGCCCUUGUGUAGGGGGGAGGUCAUUCCUCCUACCAGGAGCACCUUUUCUCUAUAUUUACAGGCUCUGAGUUUCUAUAACGUUACAAUGGGUAUUUUUUUGUGUUGUGAGCGGACAUCAUGUAAAAGGUAAAGUCUGCACACGAGCCUAGUGGCCCA